UAUUCUGAAUAUUCUGUUUACCCAUUUUGGGAUUUUGUUGCUUUCUCUGAAAGUUGAUUGCUUGUUUAAUUAAUAUGUCGUUUUGCCACAGCUUUUAGCUAUACAACAUACACCAGAUUAUUUUUGGAUGACCCUUUGUCUGGAUUCUGAAUCUUUUGUUGCUUUCUUGGAAAGUUGAUUGCUUGUUUGAUAAAUGUGUGGUUUUGUCACAGCUUUUAGCUAUAUAAUAUACACCAUUUUGGGAUUUUGUUGCUCUUUUAGAAAGUCGAUUGCUUGUUUGAUAAAUGUGUGGUUUUGCCACAGCUUUUAGCUACAUAACAUACACCAUUUUGGGAUUUUGUUGCUUUUUUAGAAAGUUGAAUUCUCGUUUGACAAAUAGGUUCUUUUAUCACAGUUCAGAUUAUAUUUGGAUGACCCCUUUUCUUGACUCUGGAUUUUCUAUUUACUUAUUUUGGGAUUUUGUUGCUUUCUUAGAAAGUUGAAGGCUUGUUUGAGAAAAUAGGUUCUUUCGCCAGAGCUUUUAGCUAUACCUCAGAUUACUUUUGGAUGACCCCUUUUAUUGAUUCUGUAAUUUCUGUUGACUCAUUUUGGGAUUUUGCUACUUUCUUGGAAAGUUGAAGUUUGUUUUGUAAACCGCUAUACGCAGAUUAUAUUGGGAUGACCCCUUUUCUUGAUUCUGAAUAUUCUGUUGACCCAUUUUGAGUUUUGUUGAUUACUUGGAAUGUUGAUUGCUGGUCUGAUAAAUGGGUGUUGCAUACAGCUUUUAGGUAUACCCCACAUCAGAUUAGGAAAAUGGAAGAGUCAAUUCAGUUGCGGAAAAAACUAGAACCUGUAGAGCUUAUUAAAGCGGUAAAUCGCUUAAAGAAGGAAAAUUUGAUGGAUAAAAAGGUGCAACAAAUACCUCAGCAUAUUAAACAGAAGAUAGCAGAUGAGAUACUAGUGACUUUAAAAGGCAUGAAUGUGAAUGCGGAUGCGACUGUGCUACAAGAUGCAGUGGAAAAUUGGCGGAGAGAAAAAUUUAAAGCCGCCACAGAACUUAUUCAUGAGAAGACAUCAAAUUCAACUACUUCUCUAAAGGAGGCUAGAUUCCUUGCACGAGCUUUGGGCGAUGAUUGGGCUGAGCUGUCAGAAGAAAUUGGUCUCUGGAUCCCUGUUCAGAUCAUCAAUACGGAACACGAUGAUAAACCUGAGGGUGAAGAGGAACUUGAUUACGAAGCCGUAGCUGGCAAACAGCUUCCUCUUGAAUGUCAUGCUGAAGUUCAUACUGAUUAUAGUGGUGAUGCUGUCAGAUGGGGCCUCACCCACCAUAAAGAAUCUGCGUAUGAUUGUUGUAUGGCUUGUUUGAAUCAAGCUAAGCAUGCCGGACCAAACAAAAAGAAAUGUAACAUAUGGGUUUACUGCCCAUCAGAGACGGGAUGCCACUCUCCGGAUAUUUAUCAACACAAGCAUCAGGAGUGUUGGCUGAAAUAUGCAGAGAAACCUAGAUUGAAUUUUAAGGACCGCUAUCCUCAAUCAUACAGAAACGCUCACCCAAAUGCGCCAGUAAUUGUUCCGUGGAUGUCUGGUGUUGUUAGUGUAUAAUUUGUCACUAACACAGUAGACGAUAAGCCUUGAGGUCUUAGUCCUUCCACGAUGUGGAGAUGUUGUAAUAGUUCCAAAUUGAGGCAAGAAAAUCGGAUCAGUUUUCUCGAGUUGCAGUUUCUAUGGGAGAGCUGCUUCUCUUGUUGUUAUUGUUGUUGUUGUCUUGUAGGAAGAUGUACCAAAAUAGAUUUUUUUUUGUAUUACACGGGUGAUUAGCGUGGUCCUGGUAGCCUUAAGGAAGUGGAGUGCCUAGGUUGUAACAUUUUUGACAUUGUAAUUGUUGAUUAAAGUUUUCAGUUUACGUCAAAGGGAUCUUAGCAACUGUUUGGUCAAUUAUUGUAUUCAAACAAGGAAUUCACUUACUAUUAUAGUAGUCUAUAUAAUGUCUUUU